AUUCAUUAUUUUUGAUAAAUUUAGAUAUUGAUGGAAGAUUUAACCAAUGUAGCCUUUUUCUCACCAAAUUUUUAUGGGAUAUAUCGAGACAUUGUGAAUGCUCCCAUAUACCAUUUAAUGUUUGAAGCUUUUUUGGCCCUAUGGAUUAUCAAGUUAUUGUUUAUCAGGAGUUACCGUUUACGUUCUAAACAUGAUGGAUUAGGAGCAGGAAGUUUGACUGAAAAAGAAAAGGAGGAAUUGAUCAGAGAAUGGAUUCCUGAACCCUUAGUUCCAUUGCAAAAGCUUGAGAAAUCUUCAGUUUUAGUUCCUGAAGAUAAAGUUUUAGAGGAAAGAGAAACCAAUCUGAUCCAAGGCUUUAAAGGCGAAUAUAUUUAUAUAGUCAAUACCACCGACAAGGCAGAUUCGUUAUCAACCAUUUCGCGAUUUCUUGAUUUCGCCUCAUACAACUUCCUUAACUUGACCGAUUCGGAAAUAUAUUACGAUAGCAUAAGCCAAGCAAAUACAUUCAAUAACGAUGAAAAAACACCGACUGCAAGGAUUAGAAAUAGGUUAGACGAAGAUAUCAAUUAUAAAAAGGAAGAAGCAUCCAAAGAUUAUUUGAUAAAAAAUGAUUUAAAUGCUAUUGCGAUCUCCUCUUUACGUCGCUAUGGAACUGGAUCUUGUGGUCCUAGAGGUUUUUAUGGCACGAUAGACAUCCAUCUCGCCCUUGAGAAUACUUUAGCAUCGUUCAUUCAUUCAUCAAUACUUUGUUCGCCCACUUCCAACAUUGUUCCUUCUUGUGAUUUAUCUUUAAAUUCUUCAUCUUCAACUAAACCAUCCACCUUAUGUAGUUCUACUCUUCAAUCCUCUUCAGAUUUUUCUAAUUCUCAUUCCUCUCUUACAUCCUCAAUGAACCCUUCCCAUCCUAAUCCUUCCACUUCUCAAAUGGAGGCCUGUAUAUACUCGCUGGGCCUGGCUACUGCAGCGAGUGUUAUCCCUGCUUUCGCGAAACGGGGGGACGUAGUUUUUGCUGACGAAGCGGUAUGUUUCGGUAUUCAAAGGGGCUUACAAGCCUCCCGUAGUGUGAUUAAGUUUUUCCGUCACAAUGACGUAUCUCAUCUGCGCGAGCUGUUGGAGAUUCAAGAUCAAGCUGAGACCAAAGAUCCAGCUAAAGCUAAAGUUACCAAAAAGUUUAUUAUAGUCGAAGGAAUAUAUCAAUACACUGGUGAGAUGUGCCCUCUUCCCCAAAUCGUGGAGUUUAGAAAGAGAUACAAAGCUAGAGUAUUUAUUGAAGAAAGUAUUUCUUACGGUAUUCUAGGAACGACUGGGAAAGGAGUGACAGAAUAUUAUGGUAUCGAUUUGAACGAGGUUGAUCUGGUUAUAGGUAGCUUGGAAAAUAGUUUAGGCUCUAUAGGAGGUUUUUGCGUAGGCAAAAAAUACAUCAUAGAAAAUAAUUAUCUGUCUGGUCUAGGCUAUUGUUUUUCGGCUUCUUUACCUCCCAUUCAAGCUUCGGCCGCUAGAGCCGCUCUAAAUCUCAUCAAGGAUAACCCUCAAAUAAUAAAAAAUUUGAAGAAAAAUUCUAAUCUCUUUCGACGUUUAAUGAUUACCAGGAUCGAAGAUUAUUCUCAACUUGCUAGUCAACACUCUUUACGAUUCGAAUUAUCCGGGCACCAGGAUUCACCACUAGCUUAUCUAAGAGUUCGAUUUGUCAAAACUGAUAUCAAAAAUGUUAGUGAUACUUUAAUUUAUAGCGCCGAUAAAUGUGAAAUUUUGGAGAAAAAAUUUGCUCAUGUAGCUAAAGAAUUAAAGAUUAAACAUGGUAUAAUGGUGUGCGUGCCAAAAUAUCUGAAAAAGGAAGAAAUGAGUAUGAUUAAUCACCCUUUAGUGAGCUCAAAGGAUGGCACUGGUAAUUUACGAAAAUCGCCUCAGUUCAAUAUCAUUGGCCCCGCUCUAAAAAUAUGCAUAAAACGUAUGUUGACCAAAGAACAGAUAACCCUUACAAUAAAUCAUUUAUGGGAAGAAAUUGAAUAUGUGUUUUUUUGAUUAUUUAUAUUAUAAUAAUGAUUCAUUAUUAUACUUUUCAAUAAAUGUAUUUUAUAUUGCAUUUUCUAUGCCAUUUAUAAUUAUUUUGAUUCUGAUACGCCUUACGAAAAAUUAUACACUUGAUAAAUAUUUAUAUCUAUUUAUUUUAUAUUAUUUUGUUAUGUAUUUUUUCAAAAUAAUUAAUUAUU